AUGGUUUGUUUACGACAAAAGCUGGACAGUGGGUCCGAGCCUCGGGCCCGGGGACGUCAUCGGGCUUGUAACGUCACCGUCGCUGGCCGCUGCGGCGCUCCGCAGCCUGCGGGCAGGAUGACGUCAUCGUCGGAACCGGUGCAGACAAGUGCGCGCGGGAGGAAUUAGCUUGGUUGGCGGUUGGCGGCGCCGGGAAAGAGAGAGGAGAAACCGGUAGAAAGGCAGAAGCUGGGCGGGGUCCGCACUGCCAGGGCGGGGUGCCCAGCCCCUUUACGGACUGGCCGCCCCACCGUGCCAGAGGCGAGCCAGCCAAUCCGGGCCGGCCGCGGUGACGCGCAGCCUAUCAGCGUCCAGGGCUCGCCGGGCGCUUCCGCUUUGCGAGCGCGUCCGGCCCGAGUUUGCAGGGGGAGGGUGUGAGGGAGACGCGUUCCACGGUCACCCACGUCCAUCACACCCGGCUUGGCCGGUCUGCGGGGGGGGGGGGGGGGGGGGGCCCGCCUUCUCCCUGGGGACCCGAUGGCCUCGGAAGACCUGGCAGGGGCGCUGGCGGCCGUUCUUGCGGGCCGGGGGCUGCGCGUGCAGAGCUAUGACUCGGGGCCGGCCGGGGAGACGCCGGCGCAGGUGCGGCUGCGGAAGAACGUCUGCUACGUGGUGCUGGCCGUGUUCCUCAACGAGCAGGAUGAGGUGCUUUUGAUCCAGGAGGCCAAGAAGGAGUGCCGUGGGUCGUGGUACCUUCCCGCGGGGAGGAUGGAGCCCAGGGAGACCAUUGUGGAGGCGCUGCAGCGGGAGGUGAAGGAGGAGGCCGGGCUGCAGUGUGAGCCUUUGACGUUGCUGUCUGUGGAGGAGCGGGGCCCCUCCUGGAUCCGCUUUGUGUUCCUCGCUCGCCCCACAGGUGGAAUUCUCAAGACUCCCAAGGAGGCAGAUGCGGAGUCCCUGCAGGCUGGCUGGUACCCUCGAACCUCGCUGCCCACCCCGCUGCGAGCCCACGACAUUCUGCAUCUGAUAGAGCUAGCCGCCCAGUAUCGCCAGCAAGCCAGGCACCCUCUCCUUCUGCCCCAAGAGCUUCCCUGCAGUCUGGUCUGCCAGCGGCUCGUAGCCACCUUUACCAGUGUCCAGACAGUGUGGGUGUUGGUGGGCACAGUGGGGAUGCCUCACUUGCCCAUCACCUCCUGUGGCUUUGCUCCCAUAGAGCAGAGGGGUGGCAUCAAGAUGGCCGUCCUGCGUCUGCUACAGGAGUGUCUGACCUUGCACCACUUGGCAGUGGAGACCAAGGGGUUGCUUGGACUGCAGCACCUGGGCAAAGACCAAACCGAUGGCAUCUGCCUGAACGUGCUGGUGACAGUGGCUUUUCGGAAUCCAGGUAUCCAAAAUGAGCCCCCGAAGGUUCGGAGUGAGAACUUCUUUUGGUGGAAGGUGGUGGAGGAAGACCUACAAAGCCAGCUCUUACAGAGGCUUCAGGAAUCAUCUGUCGUCCCAAUCAACCGAUAGGAGGCUGCCGUCAGUGGGCCAGGAGCUGGGUUCCCAUGGGCAGUAAUUGCACAACCUGCGCUUACACUCAGGCCGUCUGAUCCCCUGUAUGAUGGUGUCUGUGCUUCAGAGGAGGCUUUGCCUCUAAGAGGCACCGGGGGUUGGUAGAGAUCUUGUUGCAUGGGGAGCAGGGCAGUUCUCCUGGUUCCCAGGGGGACUUCCAUCUCUUAUUGCCAUGGAGCAGGUCCCUGCACUGCAUCAGAAGGGACAGUGCCUUCAACCAAGCAAGGAGUUCAGAGCUCAAGGACCCAGUUGCCCUGAGGGCACAAUGAGGGCAUGACUCCCUAAGGGGAUGUGAGGACUUUCUGGACCUGAGGUGGCACCUCUUCGUUUUCUGUGCCCGCCUCAGUAAAGGCCUCAUCCAGAUUCUCAAGCACUUAGAACAUGGAAGGGGUGCUGGGGAAGGUCAUUCCAAGGGAGUGGGUCCCUGGCUGAGUAAAUAGGUGUUGCUUACUUUG